AUGUCGCCUUUCUGGUCUCGUUCAAAACGGUCUUCGCCAAAUAAGAAUAAACUGGUCAUUUCCAGCGAUGGAGAUGACACUGGAGCUAAACUGGUCAUUUCCGGCGAUGGAGAUGACACUGAAGCUAACCUGGAGAGAGAGGGCAAGUUCAAUACUCUCCAACGAUUGCGAUAUGCAAAAUUCCGCAAGAUGAUUGCUCGUAACAAGGUUCGGGAUAGCUCAAGUGACCUUCUCAACACCGAACAAAAGCUUCGAGAAGUUGUCCAGGAAGAACUUGCGAUCAACGAAGACUUCAUUCACAGUGCGGCUGCUACAGAGAGACUUGAACAUCUAAACAUGAGAUACCAACGCUUGGCUCAAGAAUGGUGCCAUAAUCGGCUGAAUCUUGCGCCUGAGGGCCAAGCACGUGCAUUUGAGCUAUGGCGAUCACAUUCAAAGUGGUAUAUGCAUAGCGAACUUGUCAGGAUUUGUGCAGAUCAGCAAGGAUGCUGCGCUCGUGGAUGUGGUUGCUGCUUAAACCGCAAUAUUGACGCAUCGCGCAGUCUUGGGGUAGGGCAUUGUACACCGGAAUGCGGAUGUUGCGCAAGGGCUCGCGGCUUCAAAUUCACCAAGUCCCAGAAAGAAGACUUGGAAAAGCUCCAUCGGCUUUCAAAUACACAAACUUACCGCUCAUCGCGCCUGGUCCGAAUUUCAAUUUGGGGUCUUUCCGGCAACAGUUGGACAAAUCCCUUUGAGAUGAUCAACGCACCCCCGACUUAUCAGCAAAGCGAAAGCAGCCGAAACAUAUAA